AUGCUUCUGUGGCUGCUGCUGCUCAUCCUGGCUCCUGGAAGAGAACAAUCAGAAUUAGCUCCAAAAGCUUUUAUUCGCCUCACUCCUCCCUGGUCCACAAACUUCAAAGGAAAGACAGUAACUCUCACAUGCGAGGAUUCCCAUUCUCCAGCCCAGGGAGGCAUAUCUUGGUAUUAUGAUGACAUUUUGUUGAAAAAAAAAUCGGGAAAGCUCCAAAUAAGAAAUUCUGGAUAUUACAAAUGCAAGACCCGAGGAUCUUCCCUCAGUGACCCUGUGCAUGUGGAAUUUUUAUCUGAUUGGCUGAUCCUCCAGGCUUCUCUCCCUGUUUUUGAAGGAGAUGAUGUAUAUCUGAGAUGCCAGGGGUGGAAAGAAGAGGAUAUUACUGAAAAAAUUUAUUACAAAGAUGGAGAAAAAUUUGCUGUUACUUAUGACUCAGGCUUCAUCAGACUAAAUUCAGCCUCUACCAACAAUAGCAAAUAUCAUUGUACUACUUAUGUGGAAGGACUUUUUGGAAUGUGGAAAGAAAGUUCAAAAGCUCUAAGGAUCCAAGUUCAAGAGUUGUUUCCACCUCCUGUGCUGACAGCCAGCCCCUCCCAGCCCAUAGAGGGGAGCCCAGUGACCCUGAAAUGUGAGACCUGGCUUCCUCCACAGAAGUCAGACACUCAGCUUCAAUUCUGUUUCUUCAGAGGAGACCAGGCCCUGGGAUCAGACUGGAGAAGCUCCCCAGAACUCCAGAUCCCUGCCAUAUGGAGUGAGGACUCAAGGUCUUACUGGUGCCAGGCAAAGACAGUGACUCACAGUGUCAUGAAAAGAAGCUUGAAAUCCCAGAUACAUGUAGACAGAGUCCCUGUAUCUGAUGUGAAUCUAGGAAUCCAGCCCCCUGGAGGGAAGCUGAUUGAAGGAGACAAUCUGGUCCUUACCUGCUCAGUAGCCAGGGGGACAGGGACUAUCACGUUCUCCUGGCACAGAGAAGGCACAAUAAGAAUUUUGGGAAGAAAGACCCAGCGUUCCCUGUCAGCAGAGUUCCAGAUACCCACUGUGAAGGAGAGUGAUGCUGGGAGAUACUACUGUGCAGCUGACAACAUUCAUGGCCCCAUCCUCAGUACACUGAUUACCGUCACAGUGAGAAUUCCAGUGUCUCGCCCUGUCCUCACCAUCAGGGCUCCCAGGGCCCAGGCUGUGGUAGGGGAUGUGGUGGAGCUUCGUUGUGAGGCCUGGAGAGGCUCUCCUCCAAUCUUGUACCAGUUUUAUCAUGAAGAUGCCACCCUGGGAAGCAGCUCAGCCCCCUCUGGAAGAGCAGCAUCCUUCAACCUCUCUCUGACUGCAGACCAUUCUGGAAACUACUCCUGUGAGGCUGACAAUGGCCUGGGAGCCCAGCAUAGUGACAGAGUGACACUCAACGUCACAGUUCCAGUGUCUCGUCCUGUCCUCACUCUCAACCCUGCUGGCACCCAGCCUGUGGUGGGAGAUGUGUUGGAGCUUCGCUGUGAGGCCCAAAGAGGCUCUCCCCCGAUCCUGUACUGGUUUUAUCAUGACAAUGUCACUCUGGGGAAAAGCUUGGCCCCCUUUGGAGGAGGAGCAUCCUUCAACCUCUCUCUGAUGGCACAGCCUUCUGGGAACUACUCCUGUGGGGCUGACAAUGGCCUGGGGAUCCAAUGCAGUGAGGUGGUGAUGCUCAAUUUCACAGUGCCUUCCAGGAGCAAAAUAACCCCUGUCACUGUGGGAGUCAUCUUGGGGCUGCUAAGUAUCCUUGGCCUUGCUGCUACUGCUGCUCUGUUGUGCAAGUUCAGGACCCAGAAGAAAUCAGGAGGAAUUUCUGCCACUGGGACAGCUAGUCCCAAUGAUUGUCAGGAACCUUUCUUGUCCAGGUCUUUUGGCACAGAGACCCAAGAGUCCACUCACUUUGAGCCACCAGCCCUAAUGGAGCUGCAGCCAGUGUACAGCAAUGUGAAUCCUGGAGAUAGAGACUUGGUUUAUACCCUGGUCGGGAGCGUCCAGCAUACAAAAGAACAUUUAGCAAAUUCACCAAGGUUGCAUUGGAAGCAUAAGGGACCCACAGUCAUCUAUUCAGAGGUAAAGAAGACACAUCCAGAUGACUCUGCAGGUCAGGCCAGCUGUAGAGGCUGGGCCCAUGAAGAUGCUACAGAAAGCUAUGAGAAUGUCCCGUCUACAUCACUGGCCUUGUACCACUAGCCCUUUAGCCUGGGUGACCUCCAGAGACCCUGAAAAGCAGCCUAUCCCAUUCUCCCUGUUUUCUCCAACCAUACACCCUCUGCCUCCAGGACUCAGCCUCCCAGGAGGCUGGGCUGUAGGGAACAUGAGGCUGUGUGAAAUAUCUGCCAGCCUCCUCUGUCCCUGAGUUUAUUCAUCUCUAGGAAUAGAGUGGGCAUUUAUUUGAGUAAAUGUUGCAUUCUUUUCUCAGUAGAGACACAUGUGAAGGCAGGGCAGGUGGGCCUUCAGCUCCUGGGUCUGUGGAACAGAGGAGGGAGAAAUGACCUAGCCCGGAUCAUAAGGGUGCAACAUAGCCAUUUAAUUG